UGUAAACAAUGUGUGGGGAAUGUCCGAACCUGUGGGAUGGCCGUCACGUGUUGCGAAAUCCUGGGAUUUUUAGGUCAUAUUUGUUAUUCUGUAGGUGGGGUGCAGACCGAAUACUGUGCGGUCCCCAAGUCAGCAUAGACACAGCUGUUGAUCUAGGCUGCAGUCCUGGCCACAAGAUGUCGCUGCGUCCGCGCCAGGUGGACUUUGAUGCCAUGUGGGGUGGCAUCAAAGAGACUCUGGCAGGGGUGAUAACGCUGGGCGCCGUGCCGCGAGAUGUGUGGAGCGACCGGUUCGCCGAUGUGUACGCCCUCUGCGUGGCCUACCCGGAGCCGCAGGCGGCGCGGCUCUACUCGGAGAUCAAGACGUUCCUGCGCGAGCACGUGGAGAGCCUGGAGCGCCAGAUCCGCGACGCCGGCGAACCCAACCUGCUCUCCUGCUACCACAAGGCCUGGUUUGUCUACAACAAGGGCUCACAGUACUUGGACAACCUUUUCAUCUACCUCAACAUCCAGCACUUGAAGAAGCGGAAGGUGACGCUGUCCGACCUCAUCUACGGCGGCUACGACGCCGACGGCGACUCGGCCAUCCUGGAGGUGCGCGAGCUGAGCCUGUCGUUGUGGCGGCGGCACAUGAUCGAGCCGUUCCAGGAGGCGCUGGUGCGCCAGCUGCUGGAGCGCAUCAACGCGUACCGGCAGGGCGCGCUGCCGGACGGCGAGCACGGCGUCAUCCGAGACGUCAUCCAGUCGCUGGUCGACGCCGAGGGCUACAAGAAGGCUAAAGAGCUGGAGCUAUACGAGACCGUGUUCGAGCGGGCUUACCUGCGCGCCAGUGGCGAGUACUUCGGCCGCAUGGCCAGUCAGCUGCUGCUCGAGUGCGACGUGUACGGCUACAUGGCGCGCGUGCUGCAGGUGAUUGCCGACGAGCAGCUGCGUUGUAUCAGCUACCUCAACGCCAGCAGUCACGACCGGGUGCUGGCCGAGCUGCGCGCGCGCCUCGUGGAGGACCACCUGGAGCUGAUCCUGGCAGAGACGCCGACCAUGGUGCGCGAGGAGCGGCGCACGGACCUGCGCCACCUGUACGAGCUGCUGCGGCCGCUGCAGCGGCCCGAGCCGCUGCAGCAGCUGGUGCGGCUCACCGAGGAGCACGUGCGCACGGUGGGCGUGGAGCGGCUGGUGAGCGCGCGCGGCACCGACAGCCCGCAGGCGUUCGUCGAGACGGUGAUGCACGUGCACAACAAGUACUCGGCACUGGUGAGCGAGGUGUUCCGCUGCGACCAGAUGUUCACGGCAGCGCUGUGCCGCGCCUGCUCGGCGGUAGUCAACCACCGCGCCGCCGGCGACCGCCACUGUCCGGCGCCCGAGCUGCUGGUGCGCUACUGCGACUCGCUGCUCAAGAAGUCGACCAAGGGCGUGACGGAAGCCUCGCUGGAGGAGCGGCUUGGCACGAUUGUCGUCAUCUUCAAGUUCGCCGAGGACAAGGACGCUUUCCAGAAGCACUACCAGAAGUUCCUCUGCAAGCGGCUGAUGUACGACAACACGGUGAGCUUGGACUCGGAGGAGAUGAUGGUGACCAAGUUCAAGCAGACGUGCGGCUACGACUUCACCAACAAGCUGUCGCAGAUGCUGCGGGACGUCAACGUCUCGCAGGAGCACACCGCCAAGUUCGGCGCGUACCUGGCGGAGCGGGGCGUCGCGCUGGGCCACAACUUGGCCAUCAAGGUGAUCCAGUCGGGCGCCUGGCCCAUCCCCACCACCAGCAUCGUCGAGUUCCGUGUGCCGCAGCAGCUGGAGCAGUCGAUCCAGAACUUUGAGGAGUUCUACAAGGGCAAGUUCAGCGGCCGCAAGCUCUCCUGGUUCCACCACCUGAGCCACGCAGAACUGCGCCUCGGCUAUCUCCCGCGCAUGUACCUGGUCACGCUGCACACCUUCGCCAUGGCUGUGCUCGUGCUCUUCGAGACGGCCGACUCGCUCUCGGUCGACGAGAUCCAGCGCACCACGGGCCUGCCCGACGACCACCUGGUGCGCAACGUGCAGGCGCUGGUGGACGCUCGCCUCCUGACGUGCGAUCGCGUGCCGGCCACGGCGCCCGGCGCCGUGCUCUCGCUCAACACGGCCUUCUCCAGCCGGCGCACGCGCUUCCGCGUGCAGACGGCGCCGGCGCCGCGCGAGGCGCAGACCGAAGUGGAGCAGACGCAGCGGGAGGUGGACGAGGGCCGCAAGAUGUGCCUGCAGGCGGCCAUCGUGCGCAUCAUGAAGGCGCGCAAGCGGCUGCGACACAACGAGCUGGUGCAGGAGGCGCUGGCGCAGACGCGCGCGCUCUUCACUCCGCAGAUCCCCAUGAUCAAAAAGUGCAUCGACGUGCUGAUAGACAAGGAGUACCUGGCGCGUGUGGCAGACGCUACGGACGAGUACAGCUACGUGGCGUGAGCUGCGAGCCGCCCUGGGCGGGCCGGCGGCCCUGGGACCUGGUGCGGCGCGACGCCACCCGUCGCUGGCCCGGCCAGGCGAGCCGGUGUGAUGAUCGGGUGGCGCGCGCCAGGUGCUACAGCAGGCAACGGUCGGCGCGCGACGGUACCCGGUAGUGACGCCCGCGCUGCCCGUCCGCCGGGGUUUAGUGUGAUGUGCUCAGGGCGAGCAGUGGCUGUCCGGCUCGGUUGGUCGGGUCCGCAGGCGGCUGGUGCUCGUGUGCUCGCUGGCCCGGCCGCCGUUUUAAUAGGACGCUAAACUAAGAAUUCAGGUGCAAUGUAGUGACACCGGGAGGAUCUGUACUGAUAACCCAUACGGAGAAUAAAGCGGAGAGUUUGUUAUCGACCUAAUGGCUGGUGUGUUGGAACGCUUGCGUGUUGGAGUCCAGGAACUGUGCGAUUGCUGGAGGCGUUUCGCUUGAAUACCACGUUUUUUGUCACGAAUGUUCACUAGCCAUGCUUAUUUUGCACCUUCGUAUUUUACCGGUUGAAGAUCACGGUCAGGAUUUAUGAAUUAUACUCUGA